AUGCGGCUCUUCGUUCUGCUCUCGUGUCUUCUCGCGUGGGUCCUCGCAGCGCCGUUGGUCGAUCAAGAGGAUGCGUUCAGAAUCUGUAAGACCCACUUGUUUCUGCAUUUAGCAUCAUCGUGCGUACUUUUCAGUGAACACCUACUUACAACAAUUCGGACCGGAUGACAACAACUACGCCUACUACGUUCUCAACGACGAUCAUGGGUGAGUGGGCGUCGAAAUUUCAGGAUCCUAGCUGGUUCAGGAUGAGUUGAACGAUUCUUUCAGAUCGAUGAAACGAGGCCUCGGUCCGCGCCCUCUUCGCUUCGGAUAA